AUGGAUGCCGUUCGACGACGCCAUGAUGAGGGCCUGGAACUCAUUGGAACCAAGAUUCGAGCUGCUCUUCUACGCAUCAAGUCUCCAGCGGAAUUGCGCCUCAACUUGACGGUUCCCGAAUUUUCUGGUGCAGCACUUCGCCCGGAUAUUGUACUUCGAGACCCCGCAUCCAAGACAAUGGUGAUCUCAGACCUGGCGAUCUCGUUUGAAGACCAACCGGCUGGAUCUCGGCGCUCAUCCCUCCAGAGCAGUCAUGACUUCAAGGUGCUCAAGUACCAGCCUAUUGUUGAUGAGCUUCGAUUGAAGGGAUGGAGUGUGGUUUCUACUGCGAUUGUCUAUGGGUCGCUCGGCUCGGUGGUUUCCAGUAACUUCAAGACAUUUACCGAGAGGCUCCAUCUACUCAAGCGCGAUGCCCGACAGCUGGAUAUACAACUUUCCAGCCACUGUGUCCGCUCAAGCUUUCGGAUCUGGAACUGGCACUGCAGCCAACACAGGGAUCGUCAACAAAGUGGAGCGGCGACACGGAGGACGCGUGGGUCCGGGGGGGCCCCGCAGACCUCCCAGCCGUCAAGUGCACGGUGA